GUGACCGGGCGUGUUUUUUUGUUUUUUUUUUUUUAUUUAGAUGCACCGGUGGAUAUUUUUUACUUUACGCGAAAUCGAAGCGGGGGGAAUGAACAGGCCGAGGUGAUAGGUAUAAAUGUCGGAUUUCAUUAUUUGUCGGCCUACCCGUGAAGUGGCGGCGGUGGUGGCGGGGGCGAGGGACGGCACGAGACGAGACGGGGUCCGCGAGGAGGGUGCAUACACAAAAUACUUUCCCUUUAAAGCGGAGAGGGACAGAGGGGGUGAAGGAGAGAUUAAAAAAAGAAAAGGAAGAAAGACCGAGAGGGAGGGAGGGCGGAGAGAGAGUUUGAAAAAAAGAGAAAGAUGUCAUCCUGUCGAUUGAAACACCGAGGCGGAGCCAUGGACCGCGGCCGACCAGGAGCUCUCUAGUUAGGGGACGAGCUGUACGCAACGCCGAGGCUUGGGACCCGACGCUGCGGCCUUUUUUUCCUGGAGCUAUCGCAAAAUAAAUGACUCCUGAACAGCUGCUAUGAUUAGCACUACAUCCUCUUCUGUAUAAAAUACUCUCUAUUUUGCAUGCAAUUCACCAUUUUUUUAUUACAGUAGACAUAAGCAAAUGAUAUUAAAAAAUGCACCAUUAAAGCAAGCAUGAACCAUUUUGUCGCAUUUACAAAAAGCAUCUUGUCAGUGCCUGUUUAAUGCCAAAAGACUGCCAUAUUAAUUCAUUACUCAUAGCAGCCGAAUGACUAAUAAGUGUUAGCCGACUUAAGCUAAAUAUCGUCCGCUGUCAUUAUAUAUUUUCCAUUAAUUAACCCGGGCAGGAAGAGAAGAGAUAAAGGCCUCAGAUUUUGUUUUCAUAGCAGCAGUUGGAGCGUUUCUUCCUCGGCUCCGUUCCCCUCCUCCCUCCCCUCUUUGCUCCCGGGCUGCUUAGCUGUUAGUCCCCGGCUGCAGUGUUCAGGAUGGAUACCUCCUGGAGUAAUUUCCUCUUUCAGACGCCAUCGACUCAGAGCCAACCUGAGACACCUCUUCAGUCUGAGCUGCUGCCGGAGCUCACCGGUUCAGCUCAGAGUCCCCCAGCUGAGCACAUUGUCACUCCACCGUCCACUGUUGACACCGCCGCCUUGAGUGAGGAGCCACUACCUGUCAAACCGCUCACCAAGCCGAGCCGGCCAGCCCACAUCUGUGCCACAUGCAACAAGGAGUUCAAGAACAGCUACAACCUGCGGCGGCACCAGUCGGUGCACACGGGCAUCAAGAUGAAGGACCGAGCCGCCCGAGAGAAGGAGGACGGAGGGAAAGGAGGACGGGUGGAGAAACAGACGGUCCCUCUCUCCCUCCUCCACCUCACCCUGCCCCCGCAGCCUCCUCCCCCUCCCCUUCCCCCCAACGCCGCUGCUGCUGCCCCGGAGACCCUCCCCCAGCCCGGUCAGCUCGCCAACCAAGAGAGCCAGCCGGUCUCUGUGUCCAUCGCCCCAGCAACUGUAACCAUGGCUGCACCGCCUCAACCCAUCCAGGCAGCUGUUGUUGUUGUGGGCUCCAUGGAGCAGAAUCCAAAUCCCAAUCCCAAUACUAACCAGGUGAGGAAGAACCACGCCUGUGAGGCCUGUGGGAAGGCCUUCAGAGACGUCUAUCAUCUCAACCGCCACCGUCUGUCCCACUCGGACGAGAAGCCGUACUCCUGCCCCAUCUGCCAGCAGCGCUUCAAGAGGAAAGACAGGAUGAGCUACCACGUGCGCUCACACCAAGGCGGCGUGGAGAAACCCUACGUCUGUCCUCACUGUGCCAAGGCCUUCUCUAGACCGGACCACCUCAACAGCCAUGUCCGACAGGUGCACUCUACAGAGAGACCGUUCAAGUGCACGACGUGCACGUCAGCGUUCGCCACGCGGGAUCGUCUACGUGCUCACCUGGUCCGCCACGAGGAGAAGGUUCCGUGUCACAUCUGUGGGAAGCUGCUGUCUGCUGCGUACAUCACCGACCACAUGAGAGUCCACAACCAGUCACAGCACCACGCCUGUCACCUCUGCAACCGCAGCUUCACCACCCUCACCUACCUGCGAGUUCAUGCUCAGAAGCACCAUGGUCAGGAAUGGAAGGAGAGCGGAGGGGCACGGGGGGGCUUCGGCGGGACGGGGGCCGGCGGGGUGCUGCUCUGCCAGCUGUGCGGGGUGCAGUGCAAGACGGCCACGCAGCUUCAGGGCCACAUGGGCACCCACGCCAACCAGGGUGACCCUGGUCCCGACCAGACAAGCGCGGGCCCCGUGGGCACCACCAGCGUGGCUGUUACUGUGUCCAGUGCUAGCACAGUGGGACUGCUGGUAACUGACUGCUCCAGUAUCGCUCCCCAGCCCCACAGCUAGCACGCUGGGGCAGGGGGGGGGGCUGGGGAUGGGACGGGUGGGGCUGGGGAUGGAGUUGGGGGGAGCUGGUUGAAUGGAGGCAAAAGCAAACGCGGACUCAUGGAGGAGAGGAAAGACAACAUCCAAUCCAGAUGAUUUCUUAACAGACUGCCAGAAGUGGACUCAGACUGGGAGAAGCUGCCACGGAAGUUGUCUUUUCUCCUCAGCGUUGCUUGUGGUUUUGUGAGGAUGGCGGCCCUUUCGGACCUUUUGUUUCCAGCUCCAUCAGCAGUGUUAAACAGCUGACCUGCCACCAACACUAAGAGACACACUUUGCAAACUGUACAGUGUCUUUGCAAAUCAGAUUAGUCAAGCCAGGGAAGAGACUGUGGAUAAAAUGAUAAGAAAAACCUCUGCUCAUUCAUUAAGGAGGAAAAUUAAUGUGUAUUUUUAUUUAUGUGGCUUAGCGAUUAGCUAUUUCUAUUUGCCAUCAUGUCAUUGUUUGAAUUGUCAACUAACUUGCACAGCCUGUCAUGAUUUUGUAAAGCCGUUGAUGUUUUUAGAUAAUUUAUAUUCCAUGAUAUUAGUGUUUAUUUAUAAUGAGGAAAUUGACCUAAAGACAUAACAUGACUUAUCUCAGUUUCUCCCUUAAUUUAUUACUAAACAGUCUCCAGUUUGCCUUUGUCAGAUUCUUCAGAGCAGGGAAACCUAACAGGACACAAGAUAAGCUGUUUCAGAUGGGCCAUCAUGUAUAUACACUUUUAUAUAGCUGAUAAAGGCAAACUAAUAGUUGUUUGUGUAUAUUUCCCCCAUGAACACUGAAUGUGCAUAACUUCUCUGCUUCAUAUGGUCUUUGCUCUGUCUCUGGAUGCUGAUUUGUAAUUCUUGAAAAAGGUAAAUUGCCAUGUAAUUUGUAGCUACCUUGGUGACACAUUUUUCUGUGGCUGUGCAUAUUGAUUGUACUUGAUGCAUAGUGCAUAGCGCCUCGUUACUACUGUAUUAAAAAAGCAGUAAAAUGCAU